AUGAAUUCUCUACCUGUUUUUCUUGAAAAUGAUAAGUUAUUAAGAAACACAAAUAAAUUUAAUCAAAAAGUUUUACUUCAGAAAUAUUCACAUUCUAUUAUUUUUUUUAAUAUAAAAAAAGAAAUGUCAUAUCAAGCUUCAAUAAUUUCAUUAUGUAUAAUAGCAAUUAUACUGCUAAUUCCUCCAUUAGUUUGGCAUAGUCAUUCAAAAAAUAUACCGGCGAUUAUCUUAAUAACGUGGUUAUUAAUAAUGAAUCUGACGUGUAUAGUAAAUGCAGUAAUUUGGAGUGGUGAUGAUUUUAUGACGCGAUGGGAUGGUAAAGGUUGGUGUGAUCUUGUCAUUAAAUUACAAGUGGGUGCAAAUGUUGGUAUUUCAUGUUGUGUAACAAAUGUUGUUUAUAACUUAUAUGAAAUAAUUAGAGCUGAUAAGGUAUUACUUGAACUAAAUUCCUGGAGGAGAAUAAUAAAAGAUUUAAGCAUUAGUUUAAUAACACCCAUCAUGGUAAUGGGUUUCAGUUAUUUAUUGCAAGUUUUCAGAUAUGGUAUUACACGUUAUAAUGGCUGUCAAAAUUUAUUAACUCCAACUUGGAUUACAACUGUUUUAUACACUAUGUGGAUGGUAAUAUGGAGUAUUAUUGGAGCAAUCUUUGCUGGAUUAGUCCUAUGGAACUUUUAUCAAAAGAGAAAAGAUGUGGGUGAUAUUUUACAUUGUACAAAUUCUGGGUUAAACAUUACCAGAUUUGCCAGAUUAUUAAUUUUUUGUUUAUUAAUUUUAUUAGUUAUGUUUCCAUUCUCAAUUUAUACCUUUGUGGUAGAAUUACAUCAACUUCAUGGAAGUUAUAGUUUUGAAGAAACACAUACUAAAAAUAUAAUGUGGGAUGUUAUCUAUAAAUUCGAUAUUUCUCAUCCAAUAUACAACAUAUGGUUAUAUAUUUUAAUGUCAUAUUUGGUAUUUUUAAUAUUUGGAUUAGGUAAAGAUGCGUUAAGAAUGUAUACAAAAAUUCUAAGAAGAGUUGGUUUAGGAUGUAUCUUAGAUAAAUAUAACACUUAUAUGGAAAACCAUAAGCAAAGUCGUGCUAAUAAAGUCUUACAAAAGAUGGUUUUACCUACCUAUAAUAAUCCAUUUAUGCCGGAUAUAGAUGGUAAAGAAAAUGAUACUGACGAUAUUAGCGCUUGGAAUACUACUCCAACUCUUCAAGAGCAUACAAGACCAACAUUUGGAUUAAGAGAUAUAUAUGAAUUGCCUGGUGAAAAUAGUUUUGAGUAUGAUGAAGAGGAUGAUGAUUACGAUAUUUAUAACAAUAUUGAUUUGGAAGAUUUGACAAUAUCAGAAGAAGAUUAUAUGAAAUAUUUGGUUGAAGAAAAAGUUUCUGAAAUAAAUACAACAUCUAAUACUACUUCCGAUGGGUCAGAAAGUAUUGGAGAAAUAAAAUAUCAUUACAAAUUGGAAAAAAAUACCAAAAAAUGA